AUGAUAUCACAUCCGCAUUGGUGGUUAUCUUCUGAUCUGGCUUCUAUAGGGUUGGUCCGUGAUCAAGAACCCAGCUCAUAUUUAAGUGCCAAUGCAAUCGUCUGUCUCGCUGGUGCUAAUCGACAGUCACACGAUAUGGAGAUUUCCUUGCGCAACAUCGCUCUGGCAGUGACUACAGAUGACUUGACAAACGCGUUCGCCAAGAUACUUCACAAGCCCCCUUUUCAAACCGGUCCUCUCCUGAAUUUUGAAAUUCACCUCUCGGACGAGUCACACCCUAACGGACAGCAAGGCACCCUUACUCUGCCAACUGAGGAUGCUGGGGUCACUUUCUUGCGUGCUCAUGGUGGCGCAGGGAUUGUCGUCAAAGGUCGACCAGUCCUCAUCAGCAGGAGCACGCAGGCGAUCCACGAGUUCCGUAUUGAGAGGUUGAAUAACGUUCCAUGGCGCGACCCAAUACAGUUGCGAGAAGAGCAGGAAAGGCUUCUCAGGAGAAACCAGUCUUUCCAGCUUCUCCGCUACUCAUUCGGCCGCUUCUGCCGGGACGGAUCUUUUUCUUCGCAAGUCUCCCCUCCUGGCACAGCUCAUGUCAUUUGUGAUACAGAGCCGAGGCAGAUACGCUUCACUUUCGAGCCUCGACAGAAGUCACAAAACACAAAUGACAACCUCUUUGGGGAGAUUUUUGGACACGUAACCCGAGUCGUCACCGCAUCUUAUGCGCCUCACAAUAUCGCGACACUGGUAGGUAACCGGGAUGAAGACACCGCUAUUGUGUUCGUCCGUGCCGAUGAGCCCCCUGUGUACACCUUGGUUAAUAACAUAUUGGACGACACUAGUCGUGUGGUGGGCUUGGGGCGUAAUGAUCACAUGCCUCCGGGAUGCCAUAGUCUGAUGCUGGCCUUUAAUAGCCAGUCAGACGCAGAUAGGUUCACUUAUGCAUGUUGUAAUCGUCUCCAUCUGCGUUACUCCACACAACACCAUAUCCGAAUUCGUGAUCACACCUUGAACACUACAUCUUUUGAGAAGCUUCACGAGACACUCUCUCAGAUCCCAUACAAGCUUGGGUUCGAAGUAGAAAAGACCGUCGCAGAUUCUCUUUUGAGUGCGACGGACAUUCUUUCGCUGAAGGAGGUCAUCCUAUCAUUGCAAGCUGAACAUGGCGACGAUGCGCCAGAAAUAUUUCGGUCCUUUGUCUCGGAGCUCGCAGGACGCAGUGCGAGUCGUACAAAACGUCGCAAACGCCGGGCACGGCGGCAAUCCAGCCAAGAGAGUUUGCCUUCUCUUCUUCGUCGAGUUACCCAAGAAUUUAUCAAAGAGCAUCAAAAGCCCCGUCCUCUUCUAGCUCCGCCACCACAGAGUGGGGUCUACCUAUCCUACCAUCUCAUCGUAACGCCGACACGGUAUAUCCUAGAGGGACCUGUCCCAGACCAGUCUAAUAGUGUCUUACGUCGCUAUGGACAUCCCGAGUGCUUCCUGCGUGUCUGUUUCCAGAACGAGAAUGGAUCAAAGCUUCAUCGGGAAGCCGAUUGUUCCAUUAUAGACCUUUUGGGGGUGCGAUAUCGCUCUAUCCUCCUCAAUGGCUGUUGCGUCGCUGGACGCCAAUUCCAGUUCUUGGGAUAUUCUAUGAGCGGUCUGAAAGAACAUUCAGUGUGGUUUGUGACGCCAUUCAAGGAUGAGGAUGGGAAAUUGUUGAAUGCACAAUCGAUCCGAGACAACCUGGGAAAUUUCUCCAAACUUCACAAACAACCAGCUCGUUUGGCUGCAAGGUGGUCUCAAGCCUUCUCUGGUACUGAUCCAUCAAUUACACUUCUUCCCGAAGAAAUAGACUUUCGUUGCCCCGACAGAUACUCGCCUUCUGGCGGACUUAUGACAGACGGGUGCAGCUCUAUAUCAGUUGAGCUUGCCAGGGAUAUAUGGAGGUCUAUGCAAAAGGGGAAAAAGCGAUCUGCAAAGCUACGACAUGUUCCAUCUGCCUUCCAAUUUCGACUUGGCGGGGCCAAAGGCAUGGUCGUUCAAGACCCCACCAUUCAAGGAAAGCUUGUCCGCCUUCGUCCGUCGCAGAUCAAGUUUGAUGCCCCCGAGAAUCUUACUUUUGACGUCCAAUCGACGUCAGCGGAACCAAUACCGGUGUUCCUUAAUCGCCCACUCAUCUCUCUUAUGGAAUUCUUGGGUGUAGAGACUCAAAGAAUCAUUGAACUACAGGACGAUGACAUCUACAAAGCUCAAUCCGUCCGGUCGUCGUGUACCAAUGCCUCGAAAGUUAUUCAGCAACACGGACUUGGGGCAUCCUUCCACCUACCGUCUCUCUUCACAAACCUAUCGUCCAUUUUGCAACUCGAAAUUGGAGACACCGAAGAUGACCCGUCUCUGUGGACCAGCAAGCUCAUUGAAAGCUCGCUGCAGUGCGUCGAGACGUACAUCCUGCGGGAACUAAAGUACCGUGCGCACAUAGCAGUGCCGGGUUCGUAUACCUUGCUUGGCGUUUCCGAUGAAUGGGGUUGCCUGAGAGAGGGAGAGAUAUAUGCAACCGUGUUUAAUGAAAGGACGGGAUUUGUUCAGAGCAUCACGGGAAAGGUUGCCAUAACGCGCAGCCCACAAAUUCACCCAGGCGAUCUGCAAGUUGUGAGGGCCGUACAACGGCCAGAGUUGGAACACCUGAAGAAUGUCGUCGUUUUUUCCUGCGAGGGCGAACGAGCGCUUGCAUCAUGUCUGGGUGGAGGUGAUCUUGAUGGCGAUAUUUUCAAUCUAAUUCUUGAUCCGAGACUGCUACCAACGAAACACUUCAAACCCGGAGAAUAUCCGGCAGUGACCAUCAGAUCGAUACCGAAUGCGUGUGGCAUCUCCGAUGUCGCAGAUUUCGUAAUUGACUAUAUUCAGGCCGACCUCAUUGGUCCCAUCGCCAUAAGUCAUCUCAGGUUUUCUGACUUGAAGACUCCAAAUUGCACGGAAUGCAUUCAACUCGCGGGGUUUGCCUCCCAGGCACUCGAUUUUCGAAGAGCGGUACUCCUGCCAGAUUUUCUUGCCAAAGAAGGCGCUAAUAUCACCGGCGGGCAAUACUACACCAGCCCAAAAUUACUCGGUCAACUCUUCCGUCGGGUGCCAAUGAAGAGGGGGAUACCUACUGCAUGGAACGGGGAUUCCUCUCCAUCGGACGGAGCCACUGUGGAGGUGGCGCUCUCUUACGUAGACCUCCGUCAUCGUGGCCUUCCAGGAUUGACCGAUCCGAGUGAAGAGUUGAUGGAGGAGAUGACAUAUCUACUCAACGCAUAUUGCGAACAGCUACUGAUCGUCGGGCAAGCGCACACAAUUUCGAAAAACAAGAAUAUUCACGUCUCCGAGGCCGAACUGGUGAGCGGGACCAUCAUGGCGAAUUGGUCCGACCAUCAUCGUCGGCGGAAUGCAGUCUCCGCGAUGAACUUGCAGACGCAAGAGCUCGUUCGUAGGGUCAGGGAAGAACUCCAAGGAGAUGACCCGGGGACACCAGAGACAGAAACGGAUCAGGAUGAGGACGAAGUCCCAGGUACACCAGAGACGGAAACGGAUCAGGAUGAGGACGAAAUCCCAGGUACACCAGAGACAGAAACGGACGAGGAAGAAGACUCCGAAGAUUGCACCUUCCACGAACGGUGCGAAGAGUCAGAACAGCGAGUGAUGGCAGAAACGUUCAAGCGCUGUUGGGCAGCGUGGUGUGUAGCAGAAGAUAACCUGAAGGAAGAUCCGAGCGUGUUUGGAGCUCAGAGUUUUGGUUUAAUCGCUCUGGGCAUGAUGCUCGACAUUGUGAAGACGUCUCGUCUCGUGAUGUAAAAGAUCGAUGGCGAGAAUUGGCUGGUACGUAGUCCUUCGUGCGCGAUGUAUACCUACAUGUAAUACCAAGUGAUGAUUCGUAUGUAAAGUAGGCCCCUGUAGC